AUAUAUAUUAGUGCUAUAGAUUUUUUGAAAAGAAAUAUAUAAAUAAAAAUAUAAUGUCAUUGAUAUUAAAUAAGUUGUUCUUAGCUGGAUCAGUUUGGCGAACCACUUUAAAUGCAAAAGUUACACCUGUGAAAUUUGUACAUUCUACGUUUGUACGUUUUGAUGAAGAAGUAGAAGGAACAGAACAAGCUAAAAAAAUUGAUCCUUCAAAAGAUAGGAGUAAAAUUAUUCCUGUUGAAACUAGUAUAAAAUAUUUAGAGAGUAGUGCUUAUAAAACAACUUAUGGGAAUGACCCAGUAUGGAAACCUUACAGACGCAAUUUUAAAGGACAAUUUGCACCAAAGAAGACAAGGAAAAUGUGCAUUAGAAAUGGAGUAAUUAGCACUGGUAGUCCUUGUCCAAUCUGCAGAGACGAAUAUCUGGUUCUUGAUUACCGUAAUAUUGAACUGUUAAAGCAAUUUGUUUCUCAAUACACUGGAGAAACUCUAGAUCCUAGUUGUACUGGUCUUUGUCAAAGAGCUCACAAGGAUCUUCUUGUUGCUUUAAUGAAAGCAAAGGAGUAUGGUUUAUUAAUACAUGAUGUUCCUUAUAGAUAUUACGAUUAUUUGGAGUGGAAAAGUUAAUCAUUAAACUUUUAAUUGCGUUUAAAAAUUUGUAUUUAAAAAGUAAGAGCCCAACAAUGAAUAAAGAAGAAAUAGAUUGUA